AUGGCUAUCAAGCGCUCGUCGCUGCCUGACCAAGUCAACCUCACUGCACGACUUCCGCGACACCCUUUCAAUACCCACGUACUCGGUCAUCACGACUACAUGGAGCAGAUCUACACCAACGAGUUCUCGGGCGGCGCCAUAGUCAAGGGCGUGAAUGACCUGCAUGCGGUUCUUUUUCCAAAGGACGACUUCCCUGCUCAGCUUAAGCCUGCUAGUCUACGCAGGGCCUGUGUAGCGCGGGGCCUGUAUGAUGAUGUACAGAAGUGCUGGACGCGUGCACCCGACUUCUCUAUUCCAUCGCAGGAGCCGGCCAUAGCCAAGUUCUUCGAGGAGAUCCUUGAGAUAUGCAGAUCGCUCCUACCGCCCUCUCUACAGCAGGACCUUGACAAGCGCUACUGGACGUCUGCAUUCCGAAACGACACACUGCCCGGUGGCGUCAUUGACCGUAGGCCUGAUGUUGUCGAACUCGCACUCAAUCUCGAUCAAAUAUGGGAGAACUCGUAUUCUGAUGCACAGAUAAAGAGCAGCUCCAGAGAUACAGAAGCUGCAGCCAAGCAGCUGCAUGAUGGCGCACUCAACUGUCUCUCCACACAAGACAAUCGACUGUACCACAUCGGGCUCGGCGUGAUACAGCAACUGUUGUUCCUGUCGUGCUACGAUCGCUGCGGAUGUGUGCGCUCCAGGCCCAUCGACAUUCACGCGAAGCCUGAGGUGUUCCUCUGGGCCCUUGCCGGCUUGAGCCUGCUGCCCAAGGUUCAUCUGGGAUUCGACAUGUCUAUCACGAGAGACGACCUCGGGCAUCGCAUCGUCACUGUCCAGGCCGUCGAGUACAUCAUCGUCCAGCAGCUUAACCAGCACAUCAGCAUCCACGGCCGUGGGACAGUUGUUUGGCACUGCAAAAAGGUCAAGGGCGGCCAGGACGUCGCCAUCAAGAGCGUCUGGAUAGACACAAGCCGAGCGCAUAACGAGAUUGAUGUCCUAAAGUUGGCGAACUCCAAGAACGUGCCUAAUGUUCCGACUCUGGCGGGUCACGAGAACGUUAAGCGCAUGGGAGUGAAUGCAUCCACCGCGACCUUCCGCGCGCAAGUAUGCACGCCGGACGUUUUGGACAAGAUCGAGGUCCGGGAAUACGUGCGCUUCGUCAUGGAGCAGUACGGCUCUCCUCUGGGGACCUUUGCGAGCACGGCCGAGCUUUUAUCUGUAGUAUUGGACGGUGUCGAGGGUCACUUCGGCCUAUACAAGAAAUGCGACUUCAUACACGGAGACAUUCACGAGAAGAACAUACUCAUCAAGGAUCGCGAGCGAAACAAGUUCGGUCUUAGGCGCGGACUCCUGGUCGAUUUUGAGUCUGCUUGGAAAAUUGGAGAGAAUGCGCGUGAUAAGGCCGCAAAGGGCCUCAGGAGUUGCCCUGCGUCGCAUAUGUCGUGCGGAUACCUCACCCGCUACGAGUACAGGGACCCUACGGUGGCCGAUGACCUUGAGUCAUUCUUCUACGUUCUACUGUGGCCCUGUGUCCUUCAAGAGGGUCCUGACGGCAAGCUGCGCACCGACGACUUCGAUCUCAUGUCAAAAGAGAUGGGAAAGUGGUUGUCUAGUGACAUGCGGGUCGUCGGCUGUCUGAAGAAGGACAUCAUGCAGAAUCAGCCCGGGGAGCCGGAUAUAUUCCGCAACUUCCUCGAUGACCACGUCCACCCAUACUUCGCGGGCAUGAAGGAUUGCCUUUGCGAGCUUCGCUCGGUUGUCAUGCGCAGAGACCCUCCGCCCACUCAUCAGGAUGUCAUAGACGUCCUCCAGCGGCAUCUUCGCGCCCAUCUGCCGUCGGAACAUCUGCCUCACCACCCGAACCCUUCGAGUAACGAAGAAGACACUUUGAGCUUUACUGUGGACAGUGCCAAGCCUUCGAGCUCGGACAUCGUUCGACCCGACCAAGGAGCCCCGCCUACCCGGCCUAGCGACGACGCUCCCGAAAUUGACGUGCACAAGGGGCCAUGGCAGCCGCAAGCGGCGGCGACCAAGUACUCGAAAGGCGUGAGCUCCCCUCCGACUACCCGGACUGGUGCCAAACGAACUGUGGAUCGUUCGACAACGAGGCGGGGAACACGGCAGUCAAACCUGAAGCGCACCGCAGAGCAAGCUACCGAUUCGGAAUCGGGAUUUCUGUACCAGAGAGGCUGCACCGAAUGUCUCAAAAAGGUGAGGGAGGGCGAACCUGGCUCGAUCAAGUGCAAUGGUCAAGGGUGCGACGUAAAAAUUUUCCAUCGGGAAUGCGUGAAGGACUUCAUCACGGGGCCGGACAGUAGUUGGAUUUGCGAUGGAUGCUCGGAAAAUCCGGGGCGUGCUCAGAAGAAGUCAAAAAAUCAAAGCGCCACUGACAGCAAAGAGCGCACCGCCAAGUCCGCCUCCAAGGUUUCCAAAAGCGCUUCCAAGACCUCCAAGUCCGCCUCCAAAGCAUCCUCAUCCACCAACGCCGCAGAUUCCGGCCCGACGCGCGUCACCACAUCCGAGGACUAAGGAAACAGCGUUGGCGGCGAUGACAGCGGAGUAGGCAAGACCCUCUCCACCCCAUACUCCUUGGACUUUAGAUUACGAUCGUCUUCAGAGCUGCCAUACAGC